AAUCCAAACUAAACAUGACUGCCGAGAGGUUGACUUGCAGGAUGAAAAGUAAUGGAAUUGGUCUAUUACGGUCAACAAUAUAUUUACCCUCUACGUAGAAUGUAAUCGGUAGAUUUCAUAUUAAACGCCAAUUGUAAUCAAAUUCUCAAGUGCAUCCAGUUUGGAGUUGGACACAUAUUUUUUUACAUACAAUGUGUUUGUGAUUGCCAAAUUAUUUUCCAAAAAUCCUAUAAGAUCACACAUGAAAUAUAUCCGUACACCUCCGGUAGUACUAGAUUUUCACGACAUCUGUUAGCAAAAACGUGAAGUGCGUGAAGAAAAUGAGGGCAUAGUUAUCCUUGUUCAACACGGGUUUGAAAUUCAAAUUAACUUAUAAAUUUUUAAUGGUGAAUGGUGAUCCAUUCUUCUUCGCCAGCAGAAUGUGUUUCCGGGUGUGGUGAUUUUUAUUUGUUUAAAUAUGGCUGACGGUGAAAACAUUGAAAUUGACUAUGACAGUCCUGACAGAAGUGAUGUGGCUGUAAAAGUAAUUUGCUUAGGUGACAGUGCUGUUGGUAAAUCCAAGUUGGUUGAAAGAUUUCUUUUGGAUGGCUAUAAGCCUCAUCAACUUUCAACAUAUGCCUUAACCCUUUUUCGAUAUACCACAAAAGUGGAAACUGAUUCUGUAGUUGUGGACUUCUGGGAUACGGCUGGACAAGAGAUGUUUCAGUCUAUGCAUCCAUCAUAUUACCAUCAAGCUCAUGCAUGUAUCAUGGUAUUUGAUGCAACAAGAAAGAUAACAUAUAAGAAUCUUUCAAAUUGGUACCAGGAAUUAAAGCAAUACAGACCUCAUAUACCUGUAUUUUGUGCAGCAAAUAAAAUAGAUGCAAACAUGGAUGUUACACAAAAAUCUUUUGCAUUUCCUCAGAAAAACAACAUUCCUUUGUAUUAUGUCUCAGCUUCUGAUGGAACUAAUGUGGUGAAGCUUUUCCGUGAUGCAAUUCAAGCUGCAGUAAAAUAUAAAAAGAAUCCUACUGACAUUACAGAUCAAAUAAUGGAGGAACUAGAAAGAAUAUAAAAUGCAAUAGUUUAAUAUUUUCUAAUUACAAUUUUUAAUCUGGUUUUAUUUAUGUAUAAUUUUUAUAAAUAUCAAAUAUCUAAAUAAUUUUCAUGUACAAGAGUACAACAAUUAAGAAUGCAAUAAGUAUAGAAUGAACUCGCUCCACUUUAUAUUAUAUUUGAAUAUUUAUUUAUAAAUUUUAUGUUGUUGGACCUAUAAAAAUGAAUCUGAAAGGGUUUUUUCAUACGCCUUUAUUUCUUUGACUAUUGUGGUUGUCAUUUAUUUUAUAGAAAAAUGUGAGAAAUAAUCAUAGGAUACUAUUACACAAUAAUAGUGUGCCUUUUCUAUAAAAAGCCUUCAUUUAAAAAUAGACAAGUUUCACAUUUUUUCAUAUAACAAACCCCUAAGACAUUCCAGUAUUCUAUUAUAUCACAGUGCCUGUAAUAUUUACAGCAUUUGCCUUAGAAAGUGCCUUUCUGAAAGAAAAGGUGUUGCUUCUAGAUAGUUCUAAAUGUUUCUAGUGUCAAGUGACAUUUCUAUGUUUCUCCUAAUUACUACAGGUUUUUUUAUAGAGCAUUUACUGUACCAAAGAAUACUUCAUUUAAUUUGUUUCUAGUCCAUGAUAGACUGAUAUUAAUAUUGAGUUAUCUGAGUUAAGAUGUGAAUUUCAGUAAAUAGAUUUGAUUUCCGAUGUUCUGAUGAAAUUUCCUUGGAAAUUGAUUGCUGACAUUGAUGUUGAUAUUAUGUAAUUUGAAAUGCACAUAUGUAUUUCAAUUAUCAAAAGGGUUGCCUGUAAGAAGGGACCAACAGAUUCAAGUGCCGUUACCAGAAAAAUGAAUGGGAACAAUCAAACAUUAUGCACAGUGAAAUAAUCUUAUUGGUACCUGGUGAUUGCUUUUUUAAAGUAUUGUUGUUUUACAAGUCAUUUUUGACUGCACAUAGAGAUAAUUAAAAAAAUAGAUAACUUUGUACAUUUUUUUUUUUAGCUUUAAGUGUCGUAUAUUAAUGUAAAAUGAUGUUAUGACUGAAUGUUUAAAAUGUGUUGUUGUUUUUUCCAUUUGUAUUAGUUACAGCACAAAUAUAAAUCACCAAAGAAAUCGUAAAAAUAUAAUAAAUUGCUGUAAUGUAUUGUGUAGCUUACUUCAGAUAUUUAAAUGUAUUUGUGAUUAUGGAAGUUGGUUGCAAUAAUUUUUCAGAGGUAGUUGUACUUUCAGUGUAAGUCUGAAUAAUAAUAGUUAUUCUUUUUGUAUUAGCAUCACAAUAUGUGUUAACAGGGCCAUUUGCAUGCCUUCAAACAAAAUAAAAAAAUCUUACAUGGAUAUCUUGGAAAAAAUCUUACAUGGAAAAGCAGUGAACUAAUGAUUUCAAAUAGAUAAUUGGGCAUGGUAUUAGAUUACAUGUUCCAUGUUAUACAAAAUUGUUAUUAAUUUUUAGAGGUGAAAAGAAUCAUUUUUCAGUUCAAAUUAGAUGUCAAAUGACAAACAUUUGACAUUAUUUGAAUUUGUUAACCACAGUUGACUGAUUUGUGAGUGCAUAUUAAAGUUUGUAUUUUAUUGUUGAUUUAACAGCAAUAAAAGGUUCUACUUCUCAUUCAUUCACCUUAUUUAUGAAGUUGUGAAAAGUUAAGAUGAAAAUUCAUGUGUUUUAUUACAGUAUUUCUACUGGAACUAAAAGAGGGAACAUUCCAAGUUAGGUAAAUAGCAGAAUCUAUUUAUGUCUGUAUUAAAAAAGUAUAUCACAGAAGCAAGGAAAAUUUAAUGUAGUUGCAACAAUUCAGUACCUCACAUAGUGAAUCUUUAUGGGUUUUCAAUUUAUUUCUGUUCAACAUUUUGUGUACUUGCUCAAAACAAAAAAAAAAUGAAUUAAUGAAAUUACCAAUAUAAAGGUCAGUGAAGAAAUCAGUUCUUUUUAAUUUGUAUUUCAAUUUAUCUUCUUGAAUAAAUGGAAGCAAGAACUAUUUAA